AUGUUCAACUCGAUGAAAUGGUCCCUUUAUCCAACCGACUCUUUUGAGCACUUCACUUUCGAGGUUCCCUGGUGGGCGCGAGUUGUAUUACUCUUCGACUUUACCAUAUUCUUACCUAUUAUUAUUGUUUUGAACUACACUUUGCCUCACGUCUAUCCAGUCUUUGCCAUUACACAAGACGAGGAACUUAUUAGACACGAUUCCCCCAAUCUCAAUGAUGUUACCAACAGACCAUCACUCACCUCUCCUUCACGAACAAAUACUUCAUCUCCAUCCGCUAUCUAUCGACUCCUCGUGAAGAACGGCGGUAUUUUAGCCAACUUUCGCGGCCUCACCCUUGCUCUAUUGCAAUUGAUUACCACAUUGCUCCGUUCCCUUUUACUGGUACAAUUCUCCACACUGUGGUUACACCUCGUCAUCGCUCAAACCGACCGACCGUUCUGGAGCCGCGUGCCUCCCUUUAAGCGUACUUUGCAGGCAACAUGGAGGGCGACUCUCAUUCACUGGGCUGCAGUAGAGUUUACGAGCCUAUUUCCUUCCAUGGUGGCUUCGCGUAUGAACAUCGAUUGGCCUUCUCCCGGACUCUUUGGGCCGGACAAUACCUACAGCUUUCGCCUUGACAUGGCCGCUGGCGAUGCUGUCUUCUACUUCAAGUGCGCCGCCGUCAUCUUCGCCACCGUCGUCGACUCCAUAUUCUUCGUUGUCCCCAGUCAAGUGGUCCUACUCCGAAUCCAGGCAUCUCUUCUCCCUACGGAAGACAGCACUAUUAUUCCCUUUGACCGUUCUUUCAAGGGUCGAGUCCAGCCGGCUCGUACAAAUGGUCGGGAUUAUGCCACGAUUUCGGAUGCGUGGCGUAGUUUCUCCUGGGAUAAUUGGCGGAGGUUGAUGAUUCUUUCCUUCAAGAUCAUCUUUCUUUCUCUGUCGCUGAUCUUGUUGAUGUGUGCGGUUAUCGGGUUGCAGUGGGCUAUGAUUGUGACGCAAUCCAUGGAGAUAAACGAGUAUCUCUAG